GGUCCAUAGGGGCCCACGAGUAGCCUAAUUUUUGCCCCAAGGCCCACAUAGAGCGGUAAUCCCGUCCUGUAGCAGAGACGACUUGGACUCGCAAACUCAGUAUUCUUUAAGUCUUGGCAAUUAAUUAGCCUGAAAAACAGGAGAUAUGAUGGCAGAACGCACGCAGCCCGUCCAGCCAGGCCGUCACAACACGCGCCGACCCCAGGAAGCCUGACGAUUGGUCCCCCAGCACGUCAGUACGCUUCUGCAGGGGGCGGGACUAGGUAAAUCCAGCCAGUGCUCUAGUUUCUCACACAGAUGCUGCUGCUGGUCAGUGUUAUGCCGUCUAUUAAUAAUAACGGAGUCGAAACAGCCCUAGCGAGGAGAAGAAGAACAAGGGGGGAAUCCACAUCACCAUUUUAUCUAUUGUUUUCAGUCUAAAGAGAUGAACCAAACAAUGUGACAUAGGCUAACCCCGCUUCAACUUUCGACAAAAAAACGUUUUGUUUUUUUUAUCCACCUUUUUAUUAGUCUUUUUUUUUUUUUUUUUUUUUUUACAGGUGCCAUUGUCUCGGUCACACUGCUGGUAGACAGUCACUGGCUCUACUCGGGGCACUUUAUUGCGGUCAUCCAUCUGCACGGGCGGCUGCGGCUUGUUGGUAAACACGAAUCGGAUCCCGCCGGCAAGGACUCCCUCUGGUGCAUUGAUGCACCCAUUUCAGUGGUGUAACGGGUGCUUCUGUGGUCUGGGACUGGUUUACUCCAACAAGUCUUGCACCAUGCCGCCCAUCACCUUCCAGGACCUGCCUCUCAACAUCUACAUGGUCAUCUUUGGGACAGGCAUCUUUGUCUUCAUCCUGAGUCUCAUCUUCUGCUGUUACUUCAUCAGCAAACUACGACACCAAGCCCAGAGUGAGCGGUUCGGAUACAGAGAGGUGGUUUUAAAAGGAGAUCCAAAAAAGUUGAAUCUUCAUGGGCAGACGUGCGCCGUGUGUCUGGAGGACUUCAAAGUGAAAGACGAGCUGGGAGUGUUGCCAUGCCAACAUGCUUUCCACAGGAAGUGUCUGGUUAAGUGGCUGGAGGUGCGCUGCGUCUGCCCCAUGUGCAACAAACCCAUAGCUGGCCCCCCCGAGCAGCACCACAGCAUAGGGACUCUUCUGGAUGAACUGGUGUAACUUCUCUAACACUGCCAGCCUGGGUGGGACGCCGGCACCCAGGCCAAACCAGCCGAUACAAGGCAGCGACCAACAGGAAGAGAGACACUGUUUUGCUGUGAAAAAACACAGCAAAAGCACCAACAUGGUGAUAGUAAGUUGGGGUAACCUAGUUACUACCCCGGAGAAAGACUGAAGGAUGCUGUUGCCUAGCAACCAUCUCCGAGAUGGCAACACGACACCUUGUGGUGUCUGAGAUAUUAUCUCCAGCCACCCACACAUCACUCCGCCACUCUUCAACAUCCCCGCUCUGUCACAUCUUUCUCUUGUUGCCUCGAGUCAGUUUAAUGUCUCCACUGAAGAAGGGUUUUCAUUUUUCACAACGAUGUGGACAAGUGAGUUUCUAAGGAUGACAGUGCUGGGUAAGAGGCACUGGUCCCCUCAAAGCAAGUAUGAGUGUUAUUUCCACUGAUAUGAAAUAAUGUCAAUAUCGGCUGAGGUCAUUAAAUCUUGAGCUAAAUUCUUUCAGGCAAGACAUUUUGAGACAGAGCCACAAACAGUGAUAUUUCAACAUCCCCGACCGAGCACAAGAACAAAUUGAGAGUUGAAACUUUUUAACGAUUUGUGCUCGGGUAUAAAUUGAAGUCACACUGGUUAAAAAAGUGAUCCAAAACAUGGAUUCAGGCAUCAUCAGUGGGACUUAAAUUAAUGAUAUUGCUUAGAACAAGCAGCUCAAGCUGUUGAUUUUUUUGCCUAUACAUGCAACUGAUACUGACACGUCCUGCCUUUAACUGUAACAUUUUCGUUCUUUGUCAAAAUAUUAUUAUUAUUAUUUUAUUUUUUAAAGAUAUUGCACUUUAAAUUAACACAAAAAAAACAGCAAUUGUUGUUCUAAAAUAUUAAGAGUAGGGUUUGGUUGCAGCACAGUGUUUCAUGUGUCCAGCUGUGGUGAAUCUUUUAUAAAAGUCUGUGAAGUAUCCGAGAUGCUGCUUCAUCUGAAGGGAAGGGAUGGAGCAGUGCAGGCCCUCGGUGUUGUUCUGUGAAUUCAUCUGGGAAGCAACUAAAUCUCAAUUUCAUACAUUUCUGUGGCAUUAUUGCUGAGAUUCUGUUUUUACAUUCCUUGGUGGUGUUUCUUUCUUUUUUGUGAUUUACAGCUAUUCAGAAAGCGAAGCACUGCCUAAUAUUGAGCACAAAACUCACAAAGCACAUUGUCCAGACACUGACGCCACCUGCACUGCAAUUAAAAGCCAAACGCACUCGUGAGUGCUGUUGAAUUCACAUGCCAAGAAAAGAAAAUGUCGAAGAGAUUUGUUCACUCUGAUUCUGGCCACAUUCCACAUUUUGUAAGAUGUAAAUAACUUGAAACAAUAAUAAAUACAGUUGUCUGU